CCAGCCCCCCGCCCCGCGGGGUGCGGGGGCUGGCAGCGCAUGCGCGAGGCCCGGCCCCCAAUUCCCUUAGCGAGGGAGGGAGGCCCCCGGCGGCCCAGAGACUGCGAGCAGCGGCGGGACCCGAGCGCACGCAGGGGCGCGGCGGCGCCGGGGCAAGCGGGGCUGCGGAGGCGGCCGUCUAGAGCGUGGAGCGCCGGGCGUGAGGGCCCCGUCGCGUGCUGCCACCCGCGGGCCCGCCGGCUCAGCCCUGGGAGGGGCCUGGCGCCCGCAGCCCCCCACGCCCGGAGAGGGAUGCGGUGCGCCCUGAGAGCCCGGUAGCCUCGGAUCGCGGCGCUGCGUACGCGACGAUGGAUGAGCCGUGGUGGGAAGGGCGCGUCGCCUCGGACGUCCACUGCACCCUGCGCGAGAAGGCCGACUCAACCCCUGGAGCUGUUUCCCAAGCAGCUGGCCCAGUGCAUCGAGGCCCAGCCUCCCUCGGGAAGCAGCAGUGGGUACCCGGAAGGGAACUGAAGCUGCCUGCCUUUCAAGCCCACUCCCCACUCCUGAAGAGCCGCCGGUUCUUCGUUGACAUCUUGACCCUGCUGAGCAGCCACUGCCAACUGUGCCCCACGGCCCGGCACCUGGCCGUCUACCUGAUGGACCACUUCUUGGAUCGCUAUAACAUCACCACCUCCAAGCAGCUGUACGCGGUGGCCGUCUCCUGCCUCCUGCUGGCAAGUAAGUUCGAGGACAGGGAAGACCGUGUACCCAAGCUGGAGCAAAUCAACAGUACAAGGAUCCUGAGCAGCCAGAGCUUCACCCUCACCAAGAAGGAGCUGCUGAGCACAGAGCUGCUGCUCCUGGAGGCCUUCCACUGGAACCUCUGCCUGCCCACGCCUGCCCACUUCCUGGACUACUACCUCUUGGCCUCCGUCAGCCAGAAGGACCACCACUGCCAUAGCUGGCCCACCGCCUGCCCCCGCAAGACCAAAGAGUGCCUCAAGGAGUACGCCCAGUACUUCCUAGAGGUCACCCUGCAAGAUCAUAUUUUCUAUAAGUUCCAGCCUUCUGUGGUCGCUGCAGCCUGUGUUGGGGCCUCUAGAAUUUGCCUUCAGCUUUCUCCCUACUGGACCAGAGACCUGCAGAGAAUCUCAAACUACUCCCUGGAACACCUCAGCACAUGCAUCGAAAUCCUGCUGGUAGCUUAUGACAAUGUCCUCAAGGACGCCGUCGCAGUCAAAAGCCAGGCCUUGGCGAUGGUGCCUGGCACACCCCCAACCUCCACCCAAAUGCUGUUCCAGCCACCUGCCUACCCCACCCUCAGCCAGCCGACACCGGUGGCCCUGGCACAGUUCCAGACCCCUGUGCAGGACCUGUGUUUGGCCUAUCGGGACUCGCUACAGGUCCACCAUUCAGGGACCCUGCUCUCAGGAGGCACUGGCUCAUCCCUCCAUGCCCCGUACCCCACCCUCCAGUCCCUGGACGUGUGUCCCAUGCCGCUCCCCGCAUCCCUCAGCAUGCAGAUGGCCAUCAGAGCUGAGCCCAGGCACUGCCUCGCCGCCACCUACAGAAGCAGCUACUUCAGCGCGAGCCACGCGUUCCCCACAGGUUGUUUCGACAGAUAGGGCCCCCUUGGGCCACACGGAGGCCUUGGAGACUCAGGCAGAGGAAGAGGACACUGACAAGGGAAACUCGUCAGAGUGAGGUGACAGGGAAGCCGUCCCCACAGAGCCUCAUUGCCCUUGAACAGAGAGGGUCCGUGCUUUUUCUUAAAUAAAACUGACCCAGAGCAAAACUGUCGAUGAGAUACCUCACCCAAGAGCAUUCCUCCGGAAACGUCUUCCACGUGUGCCUGGGGUGCAGGGAGAAUGGCUCAGUGGCUGUCCCUUGGAAGAGGGGCCCAGCGAACCCUGAAAUACCUGUCAGGAGGCCAGGAGACCAGGAACCGGAUGCAGACACCAGUCCACGAGUAUGUCCGGUGUUUAGCCGAAGGCAGCUACACCACUGAAAAAGAAGGGGCAGCCCGACGUGUCCUCAGGACCUCGGUAUAUGCCAGAUUGGUGCUUUCCCUUGCUCCAUGCAGAGGGGCCUGUGUGUGUGUGAUGCCUGAGCACGGUGGGCAACUCGCUUGCCUUUGUUGUCGAACCUUAGACAUUUCACGUGCUGCUGCUUCCCGAAGUGACCUAGCUUUCUGUUCGUUAGUCUUGUUUACAUACUGUAUCAGGGAUUUUGUGAUACUUGAAAAUUCCUUAGGAGAAAAACAAGAUUGAUUGCCAUCCUGCCUGUCCCACGCACGGGCUGUAGGUUUUGCCCCUGCUUGUGCCUCACCCGUGGGUAGGAACAGAACUUCCUUUUCAAAAGCAUAUGGUUGAGGAGAACCACUUUCCAGGCUCUUGAUUCCAGAAUAUUCCGUAUCUUGGAUGCUGUGUUCACCUGUAGAACUUCAAUAACCACCCAGAGGUAAAAGGCUGUUGGAAGGUUAGACAAAGGUUUAAAACCAACAUCCCCACCUCUCUCUACCACCUGCUUGUAGUGCGUGAGGUUCACUCCAUCCUCGGCUUUGAGUUUGGCUAAUAGCAAAGGAUAAUAAUGAGAAAUGUGUGCUUCGUGCCAGCUGGAUUUGGGGAGUGGGGGGUGUCUAUGAUACCACCACUGACAGGCAAGCGAUCGGUUGGAUCGAAAGCCAGUAUUUGGGUAUCUGCAGUGAGGGGGCUCUCAGGAAGACGGGUGACCAUGUGCAAUAUGUUGUUGUUCUGACUCGCGGCUUGCGCUCAGCAUGUUUGUUUGUUUUUUUGGUUGGUUGGUUCGGGGUCGGCGGACACGUUGUUCCCCCAACAGAACCAACAGAACUGGGAGGUGCAAAGAACCACGAAAGCAUUUUGGUUUGUUUGUUUUUUUAAGAAGAACCCAUGUUGGUUUUCUUGACUCGCUUGUCCGUCCAGGAGACUGUGGCAGGGGGACUGCCAGGAGGUGGCGGCGUGCUGCUGAGUCGGAUCCAAAGGUGAUUUUCUGAGCAGAAGAAAGCCUCAGCAUGGAAGCGGAGUAAGAAGAGAGUAGGCAUGGAUAUGGCGCUGCCACUUUGUCACACUCGCCUAGGAAACUGCACAUUCGUUUGUUUUUCUCUUUUUCCUUUACCAACCUCCUAUUUAUGUGCACCUGGUUCGGAUUCCAAGUUAUCGUGUCUGUUUAUUCUGCGGCUGGGGGCUUGCGAGGGGCCCCCAAGCAAAAGGUGUCCAGCAAUAAACACGUCACCUGCUUUAGGUCUCUUCUGAAUGUGCUCCUCUCGGCCAGCUGCCCCCCCAACUCCACAUCAACCACUGUGGGUGUCUCUGCUUAUACUGGGGGUAGUGUCGGGGGCACGGGGAGAGAAUGGGCAACAGCGUAACUGGCUGCUAUGGAACUGGGUCUGGCCCUCUGGGUUGGAGCUGGGCCUCCCAGGGGAUACGGGCAGCAAGAAUGACAUCCUGGCUUACCACUGAAUUGGUUAACAUUCUCUAGAAACAGAAUCCAUUUUACAUAUAGCGAGAGAAAUUUAUUUUAAGGAAUUGGUUCCACAUUGCAAAUGCCUGGAUUAGGGUCACGGUCAAGGUUGUACUUCCUCAUGUCCUCCCGGCUCAAAGUCCAUCUCUCCAAAGCCAUCUGUUCUCACAUCUGAAUUCUUUUCUCCCUUCAUCCUUUGUUUCAGUGAUUCUUAGCAGGGCUCAUUUCUGCUCCCCAGGGGACACGUAGCAAUGUCUGGAGAUAUUGUCUUCGGUUGUCACAAUUGGGGGAGGGGAGUGACUGGCAUUUCGCAAGUAGAG